CGUUCGUUGUGUUGUGUCCGGGCUAGGUAGUUUCUUUUCCGGUUUGUCAAAAUGGGUAUCGAUAUUAACCACAAACACGAUAGAAAGGUCCGACGUACGGAGCCGAAAUCACAAGAUGUUUACUUACGACUUCUUGUAAAACUCUAUCGGUUCUUGGCACGUAGAACGAAUGCAAAAUUUAACCAAAUUAUCUUGAAACGUCUGUUUAUGAGCAAGAUUCAUCGCCCUCCAAUUUCUUUAGCCCGUAUUGUCAGAUUUAUGAAGAAGACCGGGCGUGAAAACUGCAUCGCGGUAAUCGUUGGAACCGUUACAGAUGAUGCUAGAAUUUUUGAAGUUCCAAAAUUAACGGUUUGUGCACUACGUAUUACUGAAAAGGCUAGAGGCCGCAUUUUGAAAGCUGGUGGUGAAAUCAUUACUUUUGAUCAACUGGCUCUUCGUUCCCCCACUGGGAAGAAGACAGUUUUAAUGCAAGGUCGACGCAAUGCACGUGAAGCUGUGAAACACUUUGGACCAGCACCAGGUGUUCCACAUUCGCAUACUAAACCAUUAGUACUUUCAAAAGGACGGAAGUUCGAGAGAGCUAGAGGCCGUAGGCGUAGCUGCGGUUAUAAGAAAUAAAUUCUUGAUGUAUGUCCUCAUUUAUUGUACCAUUAAAUUCAUGGAAAAUAUAUUAAAUAUCGCGCAUUUGA